GCAAAUUCGAUGUGACAAGUUGAAUUUGCCGGCCAUGGUCGAUUAGCCGGCAUUUGAAAAUGAUGACCAAAACAUUCUUUAUAAGAAAAUAUCUUUCAUUCUCAGACAUGUUCCUUAAACUUGUUCUUCAGUUCAAUAACAUAACAACACCAACAACAUAACAUAGUACUACCAAUUAUUAUGGGAUCUUCUCUCAGUUGCUGCGGUUCUGAGAAGGUCGAUGAAGUGCCAACAUCUUUUGGUGUAGCUAACAAUUCUUGGAGAAUUUUCACAUACAAGGAGUUGCAUACGGCUACGAACGGGUUCAGUGAUGAUUAUAAGCUCGGUGAAGGUGGAUUCGGAAGUGUCUAUUGGGGAAGAACCAGUGACGGUCUCCAGAUAGCAGUGAAGAAACUGAAAGCAAUGAACUCAAAGGCAGAGAUGGAAUUUGCUGUAGAAGUUGAAGUGCUCGGAAGGGUCAGGCACAAAAAUUUAUUGGGUCUUAGAGGCUAUUGUGUUGGCGAUGAUCAACGUCUCAUUGUCUACGAUUACAUGCCGAAUCUCAGUCUUCUUUCUCAUCUCCAUGGCCAGUUUGCUGUUGAAGUCCAACUCAACUGGCAAAAGAGAAUGAGCAUUGCAAUUGGCUCAGCCGAAGGCAUUUUGUACUUGCAUCACGAGGUCACACCACACAUAAUCCAUAGAGACAUCAAAGCAAGCAAUGUCUUACUUGACUCAGAUUUCGUGCCUCUAGUUGCUGAUUUUGGUUUCGCAAAGCUAAUCCCAGAAGGGGUUAGCCAUAUGACAACGCGCGUUAAGGGUACGUUAGGAUACUUAGCGCCCGAGUAUGCGAUGUGGGGAAAAGUUUCUGAAAGUUGUGAUGUUUAUAGCUUUGGAAUUCUUCUGCUAGAGCUAGUAACCGGUAGAAAGCCUAUAGAGAAGUUACCUGGUGGGCUUAAGAGAACAAUAACCGAAUGGGCUGAGCCGUUGAUAACGAAAGGAAGGUUUAGAGAUAUGGUUGAUCCAAAACUUAGAGGAAACUUUGAUGAGAAUCAAGUUAAGCAAACAGUUAAUGUGGCUGCUCUUUGUGUGCAAAGUGCGCCCGAGAAACGACCGAAUAUGAAGCAAGUUGUUAGUCUUUUGAAAGGACAAGAACCUGAUCAAGGGAAAGUGGUGACUAAGAUGAGAAUAGAUAGUGUUAAGUAUAAUGCGGAAUUGUUGGCACUUGAUCAACCUAGUGAUGAUGAUGAUGAAUAUGAUGGAAAUAGUAGCUAUGGUGUUUUUAGUGCCAUUGAUGCUCAGAAGAUGAAUGAUCCUUACAAGCGCAGCGGCGGCGAUAACAGGAAAUUUGGAUGAAUGUAUGUGAACAUGUUGAAUGGUUUUUGAAGCUUUUUUAUCUAUUGGUGUUAUUGAAUCAACUUUGAAGUAGAACUCUUUUGUG